UUUCAGAUGACAAAAUCGAAACCGCCCCGAAUAAGCCUGCCAUUUGCCGCAAUAUCCAGGAAAAGCGAUUUUCUACUUGGUGCUUCGUUUUCUUGCAUUCACGUUCUGCUGACAACAAUUGUCUACCACUAUGUUCCAGAGCCGUAUAUGGAUGAGAUCUUCCACAUUACUCAAACUAGAUCAUAUUGCUCAGGAAAUUACAGCUGGAAUCCAUUAAUUACAACUCCACCGGCACUUUAUGUUAUUUCAAUGCCAUUAUGUGGUGGAAAUGAAAGAUACGCUAACUCGAUUCUUCUAUUUUUCGCUAUACCAGCAUUUUGCCGUUUUCGGAGAAUGUUCGUUAGACAAGAUGUAUGGCUGACUGCAUCAAUCGUCGGAAUGCUUCCAAUUUUGAUAUCGUCUUCAAUUCUUUUUUAUACCGAUUUGUUGUCACUCACUUCAGUUAUUUGGGGAUUUUCGAUCGGAAACCCAAUUGCAUCUGCGUUCUUAUUCCUAAUCUCAAUACUGACACGCCAGACAAAUAUCAUUUGGGCAGCGAUAUACGCGUUCUCUGUAAUUGCUUCAAGAAUUGACAAGUCCCGCUCAAAAAUGGAAAAUCUUAAGAUCAUAAUUUCAACUGCAUUUUCUCUAUGGCCAUUCAUUACACUUGCAAUUGGAUUUGCGAUGUUUAUAUAUUUCAAUGAUUUCCAAAUUGUCCUUGGAGAUGCAAAAGCUCACCAACCAAAGUUCCACGUGGCUCAAUUUUUCUACAUGGUUGCAUUCUGCGCGGCUCACACUUGGACUCAAAUCAUCCCAAAUCUGUUAUCUCACCUUCGACACCUAACCGACAUGAAAUCAUUAGUUCUACAAGCAGUUGUGGCAGUUCUUGUCUACUACUAUUCUUAUGAUCACCCGUAUCUUCUCGCUGAUAAUCGGCAUUUCACAUUCUACAUCUGGAGGCGAUUCUUGGCAAAUCCCACAAUGCGGACAACUCUUGCUCCUCUCUACGUGUUUUCUUUAAGAUUUAUGACGACAUCGACACCGUCCGUGCAUAUAUUCCACAAAAUUCUAUUUAUAAUCGCAUCUUUACUCGUUUUGGUUCCAGCUCAUCUAUUCGAAAUGCGAUAUUAUAUUAUUCCUUAUGUUCUCUGGAGACUUUCGACUGUAAAUAACUCUAGAAAAUCACUUCUCUUCUUGGAAAUUAUAUCUCAAGCUGUGAUUUUUGCGGCAGUUUUUGUUUUAUUCUUAUUUAAAACGUUCGAAUGGUCCAACGAACCUGGCGUCAAGCAACGGUUCAUGUUCUAGGAUUUUACAGUUAUCUAUUUGAUUUUCUUGUUUUUCUUACGGGGUUUUUUAAUAAAAAAUAAUUAAUUUAUU